AUGUCGGCCCCCGCCGGGUCCCCUCACCCGGCCGCCGGCGCCCGGAUGCCGCCCAAGCUCGGCGGAGUAGUCUCCGGCCUGGCGCCGCCGCAGCAGAACGGUCCAGCACAGAGUCAAAUGCAAGUUCCAUCUGGGUAUGGGUUGCCUCAUCAAAACUAUAUGGCCCCCUCAGGACAUUACUCUCAAGGACCUGGGAAAAUGGCCUCCUUGCCAUUGGAUAACCAGUGCGAUAAUUACUACUCUCGUCCAUAUACAGUACCAACACAAAAUAUGGGGACUCCCAGCUCAGUAAACCAACCAGGAGCACAGCAGAUGUAUGGCAGAGGUCCUUCUGUCCCUCACAUGGGGGGACCCACGCCAGGAUCUUUCCAAGGAGCUCCAGCAUCAGCAUCCCACUCGUCCGCAAGUGUCUCCCAGCCCUAUUCCUCUCUUGGGAAUCGCUACAGCAGUCCUACCCCAUACUCUGCCAACGCUUCUGUCGCUUCUCAGGGAUACCCCUCCACCUGUAGUCAUUAUCCCAUCUCAACUGUGUCGAAUGUCGUGUAUCCUAAUGUCUCGUAUCCCUCGCUGCCUGCCAGUGAGCCAUAUGGGCAGAUGUUUACCUCACAGAAUGCUCCUCCGCCUGCCAGGCCACUUAAAGAGUCAUACUCUGGCCCAAGCACAGCUGUUACCUACCCAUCGAGACCUCCACCUCCACCUUCCCAGCAGCACCAGCAGCACCAGCAGCAGAGUCAUUCAGGAUACAGUUCUCUGUCAUGGUCAGGUCCAGGCCUUCCACCAGCCCAAGACAGCCUCAUUCGAAACCAGAUGGGAUCCUUGGCUACAGCCAACAGCCACCCCACAAGUAACGAAAAUGUCCAACUUCCCAAGUCCAGCUCCGUAGUGUCCACAGUCUUGCCAGGACCCUCGUCAACAAGAAUGCCACCUGCUCCAAGUCACCCAGUUGGGCCUGUGCCCUCCGCCCCACCACCCCCAGAACAGAUGCAGACCAAAGGCGUGCAGUAUGGUGACUAUGUUAAUAAUCAAGCUAGCUCCACACCAACUCCCUUGUCAUCAGCUUCCGAUGAUGAGGAAGAGGAGGAUGAGGAUGAGGAAGCAG